GGCUGUUCUGAACGCAUCGGUCCCGCAGCAUAGCAAGUGAAGAUGGAAGUGCGGAAAAAUCAACUUUUACCCCACCAUCUUUUCUCAUGUUAGCCCAUCCGUAAGGUGCGGAGGAUACUCUUGCAACUUGCAAGUCGUUAGAUAUCCCUUCGCCCUGCUCCGAGCCUGCUCAUACCAGAUCAUUUCAAGUUGCCUGGCGAAGUAGCUCGUGCGUCCAGAGCUUGACACGGGCUGCACAUCCAAAUGGCCGAACCGAGAAAAGUGCAGUUUGUCACUCUGUCGGCCUUUGCCGGUGGUCCAGGCGCAGAGUCCAGGAAACACCGGCUGGAAGAUGAGACCGACAUGAACUUUGGCAGAGGCGCGAGGAUGGGCGCUUCGGUGACCGGGGCAGCAGGAGGUCGCGGUUUGUUCGACAAAACUGUGAAAAAGAGAACCGUGCGCCUGAGCCUCAGUCUCCCAGAGCCCAGCGACAAGUCCUCGUCCGAGUUCAACUACGGCGAGCUCCUGCGAUCUCAACAGGCCCAGACGAGUCCGCGAGCUGUUGCACCUGCUCUUGAGCCCACUGAUCCAUCCAGCGACGAUGAAAGGGAGACACCGGAAGCGGAGGCUUUGUCCAAAAAGUUUGAUAGCAAAUACGGUACUGCAAGCAGGAGAAAACGGAGGGAUCGGGUACAGGACUUGAUUGACAUCGGAUUUGGUUAUGAUGAGAGUGACCCGUUCAUAGACAACUCUGAGGCUUAUGAUGAGCUUGUUCCAGCAUCUCUCACCACCAAGCUGGGAGGUUUCUACAUCAAUACGGGCACUCUGCAGUUUCGGGCAGCCUCCGAGUCCGAGGGCGAAGAUGUCGAUAAAGACAAGCACACAGGGGAGGGGGAAGACCAGGAUCUGAAGAAGAAGAGGAAAGAUGGCGCCAGUCUGGAAGUGAAGAAACCGCGGAAAAACCGACUGCCCAAACAGGGCACACUGGGCCUGAAUAUCCACAGACCAGAGAAGAAGAGGAGAAGGAAGCCGAUGAAGGACUCUCUCUGUCUGGCUGCCAUGCUCCGCCGCUUCACCCGCGAGAAGGAGGAGAUGCACAAACACGGCCUGGCCGCGGCCAGCAACUCGCUCCACCCCCAGCUCCACCACAUCCACACCACCAAUAAUGACACGCUGCUCGCUGACCUGGCCGCUGACCCUGCCAUGAUGUCACUGCUGACCUCGGCGAAUGAGAACGAGUUGCAGGACCUCCUGAGCGACCUGGAUUUCAGUGUGCUGGACACUGGGCCGCAGCCCCCUGCCGUGGCCAGGGAGAACGGCCAGCUGGCCAGUGGCGUGGGGCCGAAAGUGGGAGGAGGGGCGCUGAGUCGGGGGCAGGUGGGGCUUCUCUCUCCCCCUCCCCUGCCUGAUGGUCUGCCUGCCCCCCUCGUCAAGCGCAUCGAAGACCUGCGUUCGGCAUCACGACAGUUUGACCAAGAGGGCAGGAAGAAGUUUUUCACUUUGGACAUGAAUAAUAUCUUACUGGAUAUUGAACUACAGGUGCAGGAGCAGCCCCUCUCUGUGCGCGCUGACGUCUACUCUCACCUGGAGGCGUUUGUGCCCUGCAAUAAGGAAGCUCUGCUCAAACGCCUCAAAAAGCUUAGUCUCAACAUCCAGGACGACCGUCUGCGUACCCCCCUUUUGAAGUUGAAGCUGGCUGUGUGUAGUGUGAUGCCAGAACAAACUGCUAGAUACAACAUGGACUGCAUGGCCAAAGUGGCAGCCAACAGGCAGCAGAUGGAGGAAGGAGAGCGGAAUGGUUCGGAGGAGGAGGAGGAGGAGAGAACGGGGAAGAGGGUGAUAGGGCCACGGAAGAAGUUCAUCUGGGAUGACAAACUCAGGAACCUGCUUUGUAACCUGGUUCGGGUAAAGCUGAAGUGUUUUGAGCAGGAGCAGUGCUCUCUCUCUGUAGAGGACUACCUCAAAGCUUUCUUGGAGAAUGAGGUCAAACCUCUCUGGCCCAAAGGCUGGAUGCAAGCCAGGAUGCUGUUUAAGGAGAGCCGUACAGUACACGGACACCUCACAGGCCUGGGCAAGAAGAGAAUAGUUCCAACCCCCAAACCCACUAAAGUAAAGGAGGUGGGAUGGACCCAGCGAGCGUCCCUGGCACUAGACCCCGCCUCUGCAUCUCCAGCACUGCUCACGCCUGUGCGCCCGCCCCCCUCCCCUCCCUCGGAACCCAUCUGCUUGUCAGACUCGCUCGACGAGGACCUGGCUACCAACUCGCUGGACUCCAUAGCUCAUGCCCUCUCCCUCCUCAACAAAGCAGCCAAUGGUGUGAACCUCAGCUCCGCACACACUUCUAGCUCUCCACCCAGAGCUCUGAGCUCCUCCUCCACCGGAGUCGGCCACUACUCCUCCCCGCUCCCUCACACAGAGAGCCCUGCCCUAUCUCUGUCCACCUCUCCCGUCACUUCCUGUCCCCUCUCUUCCACAUCGCCGGCAUUGUCAGGACGGAUGGAGACCUUCUCCGGACUGAAAGAUAUUGGGUGUCUGCAGAGAAGGCCAGUGACGUCUGGGGGAAGGUCCAGUGUCUCGAACAUGAACGCUACACCCCCUGCCAAGCCUCGCCCUCCCCCAACUGCCUCACCCCUGCUCCCCCCACAGCAGAGGGCUUUUGGGGUGAUGGGAAUGAAACCUGGUCACAGUACACCACCUACAGGUCAGCUGAAGAACUCUGGAAGCAAAUCUGCGGAUGGUUGCAGCGGCAUGGCGGCUGUCUCGCAGACAUCGCGUGUGAACUCUCACCUGAAUUGCUUGAACUCCAGAAGCCCUCAGCAACCAUCACGGGUGCCGAGCUCCCCCUCCCAGUCUCCCACGACCCCAUCACCCUCUCCCCUCCUCCCCCAGAGCAAAGCCCCGCCCCUGGCCCACCCCCAGCCAGGAUUCAUCACGCCAAUGCAGGCCACGCUCACCAAGUCUUCCCACAGCAGCAGCUCUCCCAUCAUAAAGCUCACGCACCGUCCUCCAGCUCCCACGCCUCCUCCUGUCUCCUCCCCCUCCCCUUCCCCCUCCCUCUCCCUGGCCCAUUCCCGGUCCCAGAUCCUCACACAGCCUCUCCAGUACAGUCCCAAGAGCCCAGGUUUCAGACCGCCAUUCAGCGUGCCUGCCCCGAGCUCAGCAGUGAAACCCAGCGCUGGCCAGCUGAGCUACAGCUUUGCUGGUGGGCAGAAGUCCAUCAGUCCUCUUGGGAGUUCUGCAGGCAUUACCAACCCCAGCUCCAUAGCCACAUCCCACACCACUGGCUUCCAUGACAAUAACACCUCCCCCUCUGCUGUCUCGACCAACCAUGGACAUAGGCAGAAACCUGUGGGAGGAGCUAGUCAGAGUGCCAAGACUUCGGCCAGUCGAGUGUCGGCCAUGGGACUGCCCCCUCCAUCUGACUCCUCCCUCUUGUCCCAGGUGACGUCAGCAGCAGGUGGAAGUCUCCUGGGCUCAGUGGGGGCAUCUCUGCCGCUGGGCUUUGGGAUGUUGGGUGGUCUGGUGCCUGUCUCAUUGCCCUUCCAGUUCCCACCACUGCUGAACUUUGCGCCGCCUGGCCCAGCCACGCCCACACCUGGGUGCAGCACGGGUGGAGCCUCACCCGCCUCAAACUCAGGAUACGGACUGACUCAGAAUCUGUUUAAGAGUUUGCAGUCAGGUGUGCAGGCUGCUCUACCUCCUCACCUACAGCUUGCUUUCUCAGAUACGAACCAAAGCCAGGCAGAUGUGAAAAGGAAGUCCCACUGACCGAGCGCGACCAGAAUGUACUAGUCAACAUCCAGUCAGCUGACAUUAAAUAGAUAACAUUGUCUUAUUGGUUAUUAGAUUAAAAACUAGAAGUAAGGAACUGAGUUUUGCUUCCAUUUUGGGUGGAGCAUUUGGACCUAGCUGAACAAUGACCCAUUUCUCCAAUUAAGGACAUUUUCCACAUAUUGAUUAGUGUUCUGGCGUGAUUGGAGGAGUGAAUGGGUUGUAUCUUUUUAAUUUUGUCAAUAUGUUUACACAAGACCUUAAUCACUGUGGAAGGAGUGGGUUGGUUGGUAAGAAACAUAAUUUGUACUUGCGUUUCUGUGUCUGAUAGAAACAUGAUCUAUAUGUAGGUCGUCUUUUUUUUUUUUUUUUUUUGGG